AUGGCUGAGCAACUACAAGUCUCGCCAGUGAGCAAAUCAAUUUUGAAUGAUAAGUGGGAUGUUGUUUUUUCAAAUUUGGUUGUGAAGACUGGGUUAGGUUUCGGUGCAGGUGUUGUUGCAUCUGUGUUGCUCUUCAAGCGUCGCGCAUUUCCAGUUUGGCUGGGAGUUGGAUUUGGUUUAGGCAGAGGGUAUGCCGAAGGUGAUGCUAUAUUCCGUUCAUCAGCCGGAUUAAGAAACGUGAAGGCUUAA